AUAGUCAUUAUUUUAAUUAUUGUAUAUUGUUUAAAUAAAAAAUAAUGUUUAGAUAUAGAAGAGAAUCAACAAUACAAUUUUAUAAUGGAUUAAAGAGUUUAGAAAUAUAUUUUCUUUAUUUGUUUUCAAUUUUUGGUGAGUUUUCUAUUUUAAGGUUAGGAAUUCUUGUUUUUGUUCUAGUUUCGCCAUUUGUCUAUUAACCUUUUAUUUAAAAAAAAAGAAAAUUAUUAUUUAAAUAGAAUUCCAUAUGUUAUGAAAUAUUUCACGUGUAUAGGAAUAUGAAAAUUUUUUAUUUAAAAGGAUAUGAUUAAUUUUAUCAAUUGGUAUUUGUUUACGUUUGUAAAAUUGAUAAGGGCCGCGUGACGAUCAAUAAAAAAAAAUGCACAUGUGGUAUUGGUUUGGAAUCGAUUUGGGAUCGUUUUUAUUUCCAGGAUAUAAUGUAACAACAAUUGGAGGAUUAUUGGCAACUUGUUUUGCUUUAAUGGCUAUGGCAAUAUUUUAUGAGGGAAUGAAAAUAAUUCAAGUGAAAUUACGAUUGUUUACUAUGUCAUCACUACCUGAGCGUUCUAUUGGAAAUUCGGAAAAUUCUUCAUUACUUUCGAGAAUAUAUCCCAAUUCUUUUCAACCAUUAUCUGCAGCUCAUUGUACAAGUUGGAGUAAAUGGUUCCUGGAAGUUUUUCACUGGUCCCUACAUACUUUACUUGGUUAUUUGCUAAUGCUAUCAAUAAUGACUUACAAUGGAUAUAUCAGUAUUGCUCUUGCAUUAGGAAGUUGUUUUGGAUAUUGGAUAUUUGCUCCUUCUCUUAUUGAAUUGAAUUUUUCACAAUUUCAAGCAAAAAGUCGUUUAAUUAAUUGUACAGCACAUUGUGCAGGUGAAUUAAUUGUAGAAAAAAGACGAGAUUCAAUUGUUACAACUGUUGAGGAGGAAUUAGCAACAGUUUCACAAGAAAAUGUUGAAGUUGAUAUUCAUAAUGAAGAAAUUGGUUGAAUUUGGAGAGAAAAAGUCUGAUUUAAAAAUUAUUUACCCCAGUGACUUUUUUUUCAAAAAAAAUAAUUACGAUAAAAUUUUUUCAAAAUAAGUGACAAAAUUUAAAAAAUUGUUUUUAAAAAUAUUUACAAUCAAUUUUAUUCACAUUUUUACUAAUGCAAUAAAAAAAAAAUCUAUUUUCUA